AUGCGGCGACGGGCCGCCGAGUUUCGGCGCCCGGUUCGGCGGCGGUUCGCUCAUUGGAUCUGGUUGCUUCUCGGCGCCUUCUCUUUUGCCGGUCUUGUUUUGUUCUUCGUGCAACAUCAUCACCGCGAAUAUCGCGACAAUCGCCCCCUUCUGGAGAGAAAUGCUAAAGUUGAAAACUCUGCCAAGAGAUUGAAUUUUACUGAAGAAAUUUUAAGUGCAACAUCCUUCUCACGGCAAUUAGCAGAGCAAAUGGUUCUGGCCAAAGCUUAUGUGAUUAUUGCCAGAGAACACAAUAAUCUUCACCUUGCCUGGGAGCUUAGCUCAAAGAUUAGAAGUUGCCAGCUUUUGCUUUCAAAAGCUGCCAUGACUGGGGAACCUGUGACCAUGGAGGAAGCUGAGCCAGUUAUUAAAAGCCUGUCUUCUUUAAUUUUCAAGGCACAAGAUGUCCAUUAUGAUAUUGCAACCACUAUAGUGACAAUGAAAUCAUACAUUCAAGCACUUGAAGAGCGUGCAAAUACAGCAACUAUUCAGAGCACCUUGUUUGCUCAAAUAUCAGCUGAAGCACUACCCAAGAGUCUUGUUUGCUUAAAUGUGAAGCUUAUGUCUGAUUGGCUAAAGAUGACAUCCCGGCAAAAGUUUUUACACGAGAGUAGUAUCUCCCCCGGGCUCACUGAUAACAACCUUUAUCAUUUCUGCAUUUUUUCAGAUAAUGUACUGGCAACAUCUGUAGUUGUUAAUUCAACAGUCAUUAAUGCUGAUCAUCCAAAACAGUUAGUCUUUCAUAUUGUUACUGAUGGUAUCAUUUAUGGAGCAAUGCAAGCCUGGUUCCUCAGUAAUGACUUAAAAGGGGCUACCGUAGAGGUGCAGAAUAUUGAGGAAUUUCAUUGGUUGAAUGAAUCUUAUUCUCCAAUUGUCAAACAGAUACACAGUCCAGAAUCACGAGCCUUUUAUUUUGGACCUUAUCAAGGUGUAAAUGUCGAACCAAAAUUGCAGAACCCCAAGUUUUUGUCUUUACUAAAUCAUCUUCGGUUUUACAUCCCUGAGAUUUAUCCACUACUUGAGAAGAUUGUUUUCCUUGAUGAUGAUGUUGUUGUUCAAAAGGACCUAACCCCACUUUUCUCACUGGAUUUGCAUGGAAUGGUGAAUGGUGCCGUUGAAACAUGUCUAGAAUCAUUUCAUAGGUACUAUAAGUAUCUCAACUUCUCAAAUUCGAUUAUAAGCUCAAAGUUUGAUCCACAGACAUGUGGAUGGGCAUUUGGCAUGAAUAUUUUUGACCUGGUUGCAUGGAGGAAAGCAAAUGUGACCGCAAGGUAUCAUUAUUGGCAAGAGCAGAACGCUGAUGGGACACUCUGGAAGCUUGGUGUACUUCCCCCUGCUCUUCUAAGCUUUUAUGGUUUGACAGAACCACUAGACAGAAGAUGGCAUGUUUUAGGAUUUGGUUAUGACCUAAAUAUUGACAACCGCCUGAUUGAAAGUGCAGCAGUUAUUCACUUCAAUGGGAACAUGAAACCAUGGCUGAAGUUAGCUAUAGGCAGGUAUAAGCCAUUAUGGAACAAGUACAUAAAUCAGAGUCACCCUCAUCUACAAGAUUGUGCCACAGGUUAA